AUGUGGUUGCAUUGUACUGAAAGGCUACUUCUACUCAACGCUAUUCAUUUAAGUAAGCGUUCAAAUCUUAAAGAAGAAGUGAGCACUCUUAUAGAACAAAGAAAAAGAACGUCUCAGUUAAAUAAAAUGACAGACGAAAGUGAAAAUUUCACUGUACCUGAACCGAGCAGGCAUGAGGAAAAGAUUCCCGUUCUUAAAGGGAUAAUUCUACUACUUCUGAUUGGAGCUGGGCUUAUUUCGGGCGGAUUCUUAUGCGCUGUUUUUCUAUGGGUUGCAUCGAAGAAGAUGCCUUCAACAAAAAGUUGUGGUGAAGAUGUCGGCACUUCUGUGAGAGAUACGGGACCAACUGCAGUUCAGCAAGAGGUGCUCGAUAAGGAUAAGAACGUACUUAUUGAAUCUCAAGCAAAUCAACAAUCAUUUUUGAACAGAAUAGAGUCAACAAGGCUUAAGCAUGCACUGGACAAUGAACAGUCACAUAGCAUUAGGGAGAUUACAUUUGAUCUGGAUCCGACACAUGUUGAGGAAGGAGGGUUAUCAGCAGAUUAUCUUCAGAUAAACGCUGUAUAUAAUCCACCAUCAAGUGGUCAGGGGAAAUCGAACGCUAACAAUAAUAUGAAUGGUACUAAUAAUAACGAGGAAACAGAGAAAAAAUCGGAUACGAAAGCCGCAGAUAUUCAAGCAGAAACGAUUAAUCCGCAGGAAAAAUCAAGCAAAGAGCCGACAAUCGGCUCAGGAGAGAAAAACACUGAUUAUAAUGGAGAAAAGGAGCGGACGAUAACUUCUGACGAAAAAAUUAUUCACGGUUUAGACGUUUCCGAGAUUUUCCACAGUUCCCCACAAGCAAAAACAAACCACAACAAGGAAUCGUUGAAAGUUCCAGGAAGCUCGAUACAACAAAGAAAAGACGAAGAAUUUAAUAGAUUUUUUGAUGUAGAAUAG